AUGGCAUUUGUCGGAGGGAGCAAGGGCGGCGGACUGGCCGUACCUCCGACUACAGACGUUUGUUUACAUCUCCGAACGUUUGUUCCUCGUUUGAUCUUUAUAAAUGUAAUAGGUGCUGCGUCAAUGUUUGCCGGAAUGCGUGGUAUGCACGGUCAGAUGCUAUCUGGCGGGUCUCUCGGGGGCUCUUCUAUAAGCACUCUAGGUGGCUUCAGUCACCACCUGCCUUCGUCAUUGCCGCUCCCCCCCGAACGUAAGCCCCCCACCCCUUUGCCGGCAUUGCCGCCGACAACAUCCAUCACCUCCUCCACAGGGACGCCAACGACAUCGACGCCAGUACAUUCAUAUUACAAUCACAUUAUGUAA